ACAAAAUGGUUUCGGUGCAUUCUCCCACGUUUGUCGGAGGACAAUUAUGCAAUGGCUGGCUCUGUGACUGUAUUUGGGUUUGACAUUCAUUGACGUAUCAGUGGUAAAGAAACAAUCAGUGCCUUGCACCGUUAGUGACAAUUACAUGUUUGGACAGAGCCUCAAGUAUGUAAAAAGAUGGAAAAGGUAGCUUAGCGUCCUGUAACUGCUCACGUGCCUUCUAGAUCUAAUUGCACUGUCCUGAUGUGAUCCUACAGUUAAUGUGUCAGUCUUACAGCUACAUCAGUCUUCAGAGCACAGGACUUCACCACCCCUUCUGUGACAUGCAAGCGUACUGCUUACUACUUGGGUGCUCGGUUUAUUACUGGAGCUCGUUUGCGGUUUCGGAAGGAACGCAGCAACAGGCGAGGAACGUACCCUCCGGCACGCUCCGGAAGAUCCUGCGGGCUAUUCGCGACGUCCCUGCUGAAGCAGAUCGCCACUAUUUGAAGGACUGGGCCAGGGAGGAGUUCAGGAGGAAUAAAGAUGCGACAGAAGAGGUGAGAUCGGGAACCCGCAACCCCGAGCGCCUGCCCUCGGGAACAAUCGGCGCGGUAUCCUCCUUACUGUGUGACGGGGUUUUGUUUUGUAGGUGUCACUUCUGGACUGGAUGCAAUCAGGAUGAUGAUUACUCAAGGCAACAUGCAACUUCAGGAACUUCAAAGAACACUUAAGCUGGCAAAAUCCUGAUCUUAAUUUUGUUGACAGCUGCACUUUCAUCUGCUGCAAACAAGCAUAGUGUUUCUUGCAGAAUGUUGUUACAAUAGUAGCCUUUGCGGACAGCCUGGUAAUGUUUGAAGGUGGACUCUACUGCCGUGGGUUUUUUGUUUGGUUUUUUUUUUUUUCCCUUCCUCUUCUUGGUUUGGUUACCCUCCUCUGUGGAAAUCACUUAGACACAAAGGACUUUAAAGAACUGAAUGGAUGUAGCAUGUGCUGUGGGAAAAGCAGAAAGCACCAACAGUUACAACAGCAGUGUUAUACCAGGGAAAUGUAAAAUAAACAUAAGCCAGA